AUGGAUGACAGUGGGUUUCGCCAGCAAGCUCCACCCUCGGGUGACUAUGCUCCUCCCCCUCAGCCGGUCCUGACCACUGCCGGGUUCCAUGUGCCAAUAGGUGCGGGAGAUGAGAAGGAACAGGAUCAGGUUGAUCACUCUCUGUACAGUCGGCUGGCACUCAAGCUUGAUGAGGAUGGCUGGCUGCCCCUGGUCCAAGCCGCAUACGAGGACGAGAAGCGCACAAAAAACACAUUCAUCAAAGAUUGUGAUAUCGACAAUUGGAUAUAUUACGCGGACGAAGUAUUGUCUACAGCAGAGCCGGCCAUCCUCAAGGCCAUCUGCAGUGGGGACGUGAACGCCACCUGCAAAGGCGAUAUCGGUCUAGGCAAGAUUGUCCAAUCGUACGGGGACCGUAGCGACACUCAGGCAACCGUCUACUUACAUCAGAUGACGGUGGGUAUGAAGAAAGAGGCACUUAGCAUUCGUCAGGCAAACGAUAUUGCUUUGGUUGCUCUGCAGUACGCGAACGCGCUUGACACAUCGUAUACUGAAUACCAGGCCGGACGGCGCCAUUUCAUUGAGGGUAGCAAGGGAAACGUCGACAGUGGAAAGAAGCGGGUGCUACUGGGCUUCUCGUGCGCGCUGAACCGUCUUGCCGAUGAAGCGAAAAAGGAGAACAAGACACACAUCCCCUUCCUUCAGUAUGUCGGCUACGCGAUCAAAGGAACCCAGCGCAAGAAGCAACACGACUCCCUGGCUAGCACGAGCUGGCUGUUCUUGUUUACCAAGUACGUUUGCGCGACCUGGAAGAACUUUCUUCCAACCAACAUGCGCAACUUCACUGUAUGUCUCAUCACCGAAGAGGCUAUCGGCCCUGUUGCUGAAAUGCUUCUCGCUCGCCUUGCCCGCGCAUACUACUUCGCCGGCGGUUUCAGCAUCGGUCAGGCUGGUGCCAGUAUGUCAAGUCUAAGGUUGGCCAAGCUCUCACAAGUCGACCGGGAAAAGGUCUGGGAGGCAAAUGCUCAGUACGCCAAAAACAUGACAAAUUAUACCCAGAUCCAGGCGAAAGAGUUGGCUUCCCGCAAGAAUCUGCAGAAGACCGAUUACGAGAAGACGAUGCGUCAGAAGGAUGAUGAGAUAGCGCAGCACAAGCAAAAGAUUGCCGCUAUGCGUGACCAUUUGGCCGAGUACCGGGCGCAGAUCGACGUGGCAGUGUGGGAGAAGGAGUUUCCAGAGGAGUUGCAAGAGUUCCGAGACUUUGAGAAGUUCCCGGAGGAGGAAACCAACAUGUUGCAGGACUAA